AUGGCUGGGAUCCACAGACGAAUACGUCCUACACCAUAUGCGCCACAACUGACCAUAUACGCCGAUGAUAUCUGUCUCCGCAUAGCAGGAACGAAGAAGGAGAAGAUUCGCGACUCAGCCGACGUAGCAUUAAACGCCACCAACGAGGCCUUGUCGGAGAGGGGGCUGGAGAUAUCACCAGAAAAGUCCCAAUGUCUUCUCUGCAUCCCCCCAAGCAAACACGUUGGUAGGGACUUCCCACGUCUAAGUAUCAAUAACAUCCCUGUUCCAAGGUGUAAAGCGUGCAAAUACCUUGGUGUCACUAUUGACAGCUCCUUACGCUGGACGAAGCAGGUGAACGAAACCACUGCUAAAGGGAAGAAAUCGCUAAAUUUGCCCAGACGAAUCAGUGGCAAAGCAUGGGGCUGUAAUGCACGAUCCAUGCUCAUUCUGCACAGAGCUCUUAUUCUAUCUCGGAUUCUGUAUGCGACGCCGUACGUUGACCUGUCGCCAAUACAAUGGCUGAACCUCGAGCGUCUCCAUCGGGCCGGCAUACGAACAGCGCUUGGUCUACCGAGCUUCUCCAGCACUACCUAUACCUAUCUCGAGUCAAAAGAAAAACCCGUCAGCAUCCAUUCAAAACACAGAGGGCUCCAGUUCAUAGACAACGCAACACUUCUGGGCAAGAAGCAACUCCUCACCGGUCUUCAAGGCAACCUCGCCACGUCCCUAGGCCGCCUGGCUAGGUCGCACGCCAAUUGA